ACACACACACACACACGCACGCACACACACAUACACACACACACACACACACACACACACGUGACCUCACAGAAACAGACUGACUACCUGUAUGCAGUGGACACUAGUUUUCUGUGUUUAACACAGCUGCUUAGCGUACGGGUGUCAUGUUAAUGCAGUAUAUAAAUCAAAUGUGUUUAUGUUUUUCAAUGAACCACUUCUUUCCAGGAAGUUGUUCUGGACCGGCGUCGUUUACAUCAUUCUUUCUAAAACUCAUGCGCAUCAUCUGGUGCAAAAUAAAAAUGUCCAGUGUUCUAUGUAAUUUAAAGUCCCCGUGAACUGGAAGUUGCGAUCGUUUUCACUUCCGUGUUUUGACAUAUAUCCUAGUGAAAUAGAAUUUCGAAUGAUAAAAAUAGUAGGCGUGGCUUUCGUCUUUCUCUGCGAUUUGAUUGGAUGUAUAAAAACAGCCGUUGCAUUUUGAAAUGGUGUUAACGGAUGCUCCGCCCAUUUAAGAUGGAUAGUCACUACUGGAAGGAAGUGCAUUUUCAGAUUUUAACUAAAGAUUAUGAGGGUAGAUGAAUUUUAAAAAGAGAACGACCCACAUUGAUCAACUAUUUACAAUAAACGCUGCAAUAUUUCAUGAAAAAAUAGGCAUUGUCAUUUUUUAUUUCACUGGGACUUUAAAUACUGUACAUUUCAAUGCUUUUGCAAGUUGCAAAAGUAAAAUGAAAAUUUGUCAUCUGAACUGAUACUUGAACCAGUACGGUCAAGCAUCUUUAGGAAAAUGAUCAUUUAAAUGUUGUUUUCUUUAAAUGCGUAGUUUAGCUUUUCUUUUUGUUUUAUUGAUACUUUAAAUUGGUUUUAUUUCUAAAUAUUACAUUUCAUGUUAAUUGUAGUUUAAUGUUCAGAUUUUCUGAUGUCAUUUUAUUGUUUAUUGAUAUAUAGGUUUUAUUUCAGAUUUAGUGUCGCUUUAGUUUUUAUUUAUUUAAUUUUAGAGCCUUAAACUGAUUUCAGUUUAUUGCUAAAGCAACAUCUCUCGUUUCUGUUGACUUUGUUUUUCCAAUAAUGUUCUCACUAAUGAACAAUUUUUUUUUAAUUCAAUGUGGAUUUGGAAAAUGCAUUCUAAGAUGACCUGUCAAUCAUGAUGUCAGGGCGGGGUCAGUGUCUCCUGGUGUUGGAGACAUGACAUUCGCAGGGCGUUAAAUUGACACACAGAUCAUGAACAGAGGAAUGUGAGUGUUGUGUAAGUUCAUCAUGACUAAAGCUUAGUGUGUGUGUGUGUGUGUGUGUGUGUGUGUGUGUGGAGGUUUUCUGGUGUCUCUGGAUGAUUUCUAUCUGCUGGGCAGCGGUUUGAUGAUGACUCAGACCACCAAUAACGUCUUCAACACCUCCCUCUACUCUUACAUCACUCCUGCCAGUCUGUUCGCCUGGCAGCGGGUUCGACUGGCACACGCGCUGGCACACACCGGCGAGGAGUGGGCACAGACCUUCUCUAGAUUCAACUCGGGCACAUAUAAUAAUCAGUACAUGAUCGUGGACACGAGUCGAGUGAGUCUGGGCAGUAAACUGGAGGAUGGAGCGCUGACGGUGGUGGAACAGAUCCCUGGACUGGUGGAGUUUUCAGAUCAGACGCAGACUCUGCGGAGAGGUCAGACACACUGUUUCAUUGUGUAAAAGGGCCGAUAACACGAGGAAUCAAACUUCCUUUCAGCGUUUGACACAGUGUUGGGUGUAACUCGUUACUAAGUGAUUAGUUACUGUAAUUUAAUUACUUUUCCCUUGAAAAAGUAAAGCAAGGGAUUACUCGUUAUUUUUAUGUAAUUUAAUUAGUUACUUCUGAUGUAAUUAAACUAAAUAC